ACAAAUGUACGAAUAUCCCAGACUGAAUUCUUGCCCCAGUAAAAGUCCGUCUGAACAGGCUGAGACAUCUGGGUCACACAAAACUACAAAUGUAAGUACCAUUUUAGGAAACCUUUUCCUCAUUGGUUUGGCCGGAGAGGCAAGGAAUGUGUUUACAUUUGUGAAAGCUAGAAGUUGUUGAACUCUGCUCUAUAUCACUGCAGUCCUCCAUGGAUUUAUGUUCUCUUACAGAAUAAGACUUGUUUAUUCUAGAGAAAAGUUUACGGUUUUGUCCGCUGACCACAUGUGACCACAUGUGAUCUUCUAAUACAUGCCUUAAGAGUAAAGACUUAUACUCAGGGUUUCUACUGCCUCUGUACGCAUUACCAGAGAGUUCAGUGAGAGUUUCCACCAUGUUGGAGGCGUUAGUCUGUCUGGUGGGACAGUGGAUCGAUACCAAGGGGGUCCUCCUGUUCCUCUUGGUUCUGUUGGUGACCAAGUACAUCCAUGAUCUGCCGCCUAAGAACUACCCACCAGGCCCCUUCCCCCUGCCUUUUGUUGGGAAUAUGCUGAAUAUCAGCAUCAAGGACCACAUAGGCUCCUUUAAAAAGUUUGUAGAGACCUACGGGGAUGUGACUACACUAGACCUGGGUGGAGGGAACCGCUGUGUGCUCCUCUCAGGUCUCCGAGGCUUUAAGGAAGCCUUUGUGGAUCAGGCCGAUGCCUUCACCGAUCGGCCAUCUUACCCCCUGAACGACAGGAUAAGCAGAGGCUUGGGCCUGAUCUCCUCUAACGGUCACAUGUGGCGGCAGCAGAGGCGCUUUGCCGUGUCCACGCUCAAAUACUUUGGAGUGGGGAAGAAGACUCUGGAGACCUCCAUCCUCCAGGAAAGCCACUUCCUGUGUGAUGUCUACUUGGCAGAGAGAGGCCUGCCCUUUAACCCUGAAGACAUCACCAACAAUGCAGUGGCCAACAUCGUUUGCACCCUGGUGUUUGGUUGUAGGUUUGAAUACAACGACCACCACUUCCAACACAUGCUGAAAUGCUCUGAGGACAUUUUCCAGCUGCCUGCUACCUUCUGUGGACGGAUGUAUAAUCAGUUUCCCAAAUUGCUGCACUAUUUACCUGGGAGGCACCAAUCAGCCUUUAUCAACCUUGGUACCAUAAAGCAGUUUAUCAAGGAGGAAGUAGAGAAACACAAAGAGGACAGGAACCCGUCCAACCCCAGAGACUACAUAGACUGUUACCUGGAAGAGAUAGAGAAGAAUCAGGAUGGGGCGGCUGGCUUCACUGAGGAGAACCUGCUGCACUGCGUGGUGGAUCUGUUUGGUGCCGGGACAGAAACAACGUCCAACACCCUUCUCUGGGCAAUGCUGUACAUGGCCAAGUACCCCGACAUUCAAAAGAAGGUGCAAGCGGAGAUCGAUGAGGUCAUAGGUUCGGCACGCCAGCCCUCAAUGGAUGACCGAGCCGACAUGCCAUAUACCUACGCUGUGAUCCAUGAGAUCCAGAGGUUUGGGAACAUCGUCCCCUUCACGCCUCCCAGAGUGGCCAAUAAGGACACCACCGUGGCGGGCUAUCUAGUGCCCAAGGGAAUGAUGGUGCUUCCAAUGUUAAAACCAAUCCUACAGGACAGAGAUGAGUAUGCAACCCCUAACCAGUUCAAUCCUGGACAUUUCCUGGAUAAAAAUGGAAAAUUUGUCAAAAAAGACCAUUUUAUCCCAUUUUCUAUAGGUAAGAGGAUGUGUCCAGGGGAGCAGCUGGCUAGGAUGGAGCUGUUUCUGUUCUUCACCUUUCUGCUCCAGAGGUUCACCUUCACACCUCCACGGGGCUGGGAGCUGGGCCUGGAGGGCCAGGUGGGCAUCACCAGUGGACCAAAGCCCUUCAAAAUCUGUGCCUUGCCUCGAUGAGACACCUUGGGUGAAUCUCUAUUGUGAUUCAUGAUGACUCCUUGCUGUCCCCAGUCUACCUGGCCAUGCUGCUGCUCCAGUUUCAACUUCCACCUGACUGUGCUGCUGCUCUAGUUUCAACUGUUCUGCCU